GCCCGCCGCGCCCCGGUUGCCAUGGAGGCCCCGCCGGCAGCGGCGGCCCUGAGCGGCACCGACAAGGAGAAGCUGCGGGAGAAGCUGGCGCUGCUGAAGCGGGAGUACAGCGAGACCGUCAUCCGGCUGCGGCGGGCACGGCGAGCCGAGCGAGCCAGGAACCACGGCCGGCGGGAGCGGAGCCCCACAGGUCUGCAGUGCUCCAAUCCUGACUGUUCUAGAGAUAACACAUCUGCUAGUGCUGACAGAGAUGGGCCCUCUCAGUCACAGACUAAAACCUGUUCUGAUGCUGGCAUGGAGAAGACAACAUCUGUCACAGUUAAGCACAUUCCAGAAUUCUCCAGUGAUGAGGUUAGCCCACAGCACAGCUCCCGGGCAGAAAGCUUUCAGGCCAGCCAGGAAAACCUGUGCUCUGGGACCACCAGGCCUGUCCCUGUGGAGAAAAAGCCCCAAACCUCCCGAGGCAUGAUGAAGCUGCGGAGACGGGCGAAGGCUCUGGAAUCAAAGGAAAGGGAAUCAGUGCAUGAUGUGCAUCUAAUCAGUACUGGUGAAAUGACGAAAAAUCAAAUUGCCAGUGCAGAGGAGCUUCAGUCACCAGUGUUCAGGCACAGCAGCCUGUCACACACUGAGGAACCUGCUCAAAGGGCACCUGGGGCAGUGCUUGUGCAGGGAGAAAGAAAUAGUUUCACUCCUGAUGCAGCAUCAGGGCUUGUACAGGGUGCGUUUGGUGGCAGUGUCACUGCAGGAGAGCCUGAGCUGUCCCCACAUGUGCUGAGGGACAGCAGGGACAUCUGGCAGCCUGAGUCCUCAAGGGCUGUGGCCACACCUGAUGGACAUGAGCCAUGUUCACAGCAUGCAGACUCUGUUUUACUUGACCCCAGAGAUGAUGGCAGAGAAGAAUCCCUCAGUAGAAUAAAACAGCCAGAGGGUCAGAGUUUGUGUGAGGAUCAGGGAGAAUUACGUGGGCUCCUGGAUUUAAUGUCAGAAAAUGAAAUAUUGCCUGACAGCAGAAAUAACACCAUUACCGAGGAGAGCAAAAACCAUGAAGGACAUCAAAGUGACGCUAAUACCUUGAAUCCCUGUCCUGCAGAUAAAGCUCUGGACACUGCUGAAGAACUGCUGGAGAAUCAACAGCUUGAAAUGGAGUCAAGGCUCUCUCCUGCUGCCAAGGUGGUGGCUCCCGAGGGCACGCUGAGCUCCUGCACAGUGGUGGAAGGGCUGCUCUUCCCUGUGGAGUACUACGUGCGGACAACUCGCCGCAUGUCCAACUGCCAGAGGAAGGUGGACCUGGAUGCUGUCAUCCUCAGCCAGCUGGGCAGGAGCAAGAAAGGCCAGCGGAGUAAAUGCAAGCAGAAAGAUGCAAACCCCAAUCAGCCCUCGCAAGAGAAAGCUGAGGGUGAUUUGGAGCCAGGGGUUGGGCCCUUCCCUUUUCUUGGGGCAGAAAACGAUCAAGCAAACUCAAGUAGUUCUCAGAAAUCCCUUCCUGCAUCCAGCAACAGCAGCACUUCUCUUGAAUCCAUUUCUCAGAAAAGCAUCACUAGCACAAGGCAAGAGCAGAGACAAUCCCAGAGGAAGCAGAAGGGAAGAAGAAAGUCUGCCUGCAAAGCCCCCAUGCAUCCAGUGUCACAAGAGCUUAUAGAGAGUCAGGAUCCCACAAUGGCCAAUGAAAGCAGUGCUGUGCUGUCAAAUGAGAACCAGAGUGAAAAGGAAAACUGUGAUGCUAACCUUGAAAGGUCAUCCUCAGAUGAGAGGAGAUUGUCUGGUGCUGCAGCCCUGGGGUCUGCAGGGCCAGGAGUGACUGGAGCUACCCAGCCAGCGGGUCGUGAGCCUCCUCUGGGUGGGAGCCAAGUGCCAGGCAAAUGCCAUAAGGCUCUGUUAGAGCAGGUUCAACAUCCACUCCACAGCAGCGAGUCCCUGAGCCCAGGGAGCAACACUUUUGCCAGCCGUGUGGGAGAUGUGGAAGCCAGUGCUGCUGUGUGUCAGGGAGAUAAACAUCCAGUGCAGCGUGUGAAGAGGCAGCGAGGAGCUGAGCAGCUACCUGGGGUCAGUGUCCCUCUGCGCCGCUCCCUGCGCUGCUCUGCCAGGCACAGGCCCCCGGCAGGCUCAACAGAUGACAGCAGCAGAGGAUGCAGCAGUCCCAUGGGUCCACAGGGUCCUGCUGCCCUUGGGCUCCCUGCUGCAGACCCUGACACUCGUGGCUCCCUCUUCUCCUUCCGCAGCCUCCAGUGGCUGGUCCCUAAGCUGGGCAUCAGGGACUUCCACUUACCAAAUGAGGAAUUUGGAGUGCUGAAACUGGAGAAAUUGAAAUCUUCCCCUGUGAAUGACUUGGAGGAUUUUGUGUCUGGGGAUUGUGUGGCUCCAGAGGACACACAAGAUGCACAAAUGAAGCCAAAAGAAAAAAGUCUCAGAAGUAAUUUAAUUUUGCCUUCCAAAACUGGAUUGCCUGAACUUCCUUGCAUGGAAGGCCUGACUUCCAAGAAGGAGCUUUCCACCCAUGAAUUGCUGUUUACUCCCACGGGGACUGUCCUAGCUGAGGCUCCCACUCACCCUGAGCCUGAGAUUUCCUUGUGUGUUUUCCCUGCUGUGGGUGCAACCCCAGGUGUUUUACCUUCAGUGCACACUGAGGUGUUCCCUGACACACCUUCUGUACCUGCCUUACCAGUGACCCCACCUUCCCCCAGAGGAGCAGCUGCCCUGGUGCUGGGGGAUGUGGCACGCAGAGACCCUGCUGUGCCACUGCACCCUGACAGCUGUGCUGCAGGGACUGCCAGAAACCAGGAGGAGCAAGGUACAGCAUUGCCUCCAGCAGCUGAAAGAGAUCCUGAGAACAAAUCUGAUGAGACUGUGUCCUUGGAGAAGUAUCAGCAGCCAGAGAACAAAGAGCAGGAAUCCUGCAGAGCUUCACCUGAUCAGAUAAAAGAUGUAGCAGAGCAGUUGACUGCAGCGCUGCCGGAUGGCCCCAGAGAAGAGAGCUUGCAGUUUGUGUCAGAGCUAAAGGAGCCCUGGUGCUCGGGCGCGGUGGACGUGGGCGCGGUGUGGUGGGCAGCAGCUGGCUGCAGGGAGCUGCGCGUGGUCACCGCCUGCGAGAGCGCCGUGUCCCUCUGGCAGCCACGGGCACCCGCCUGCUGGGCCAGGGUGCACACCUGGCACCUCAGAGAGAUUCCUGUAAUCCAGAUUGUUCCUGUGCCAGACACCUGUAACCUCGUGUGUGUAGCACUGGGAGAGCUGGAGAUUGGAGAAAUAAGGCUCUUGCUUUAUUCUUCUGAGACUGACUCAUUCAAGCACUCCCUAGUGAAAACUGGGGAUAUAAAAGCAGUUGUUGGGCUAAAGGACUGGAGGCUGGUGAGCAGCAGCAGGACCAUGCAGGAGCAGCAAGUGGAGAUGGUUUUUCUCUCAGAGACAGGGGGGAGCAAGGACAGGCAGACUCUGAUGCCCCCUGAGGAAACUGUUACAGCCUUUGCUGAGGUAGAAGGGAUGAGCGAGGCCUUGGUGGGCACCACUGCAGGGAACAGCGUUGUGGUUUGGAAUCUGAGAACUGGUCAGCUCCUGAGGAAGAUGCACGUUGGUUAUUCCUACCCAGCUUCCAUCUGCCAUCGAGCAUAUUCUGACUCCGGCCUUCUGUUUGUUGUUUUAAGCCACCCUCAUGGCAAAGAGAGCGAGUCCUGUGGAAGCCCAGCGUUCCGCGUGGUGGCCUUCAACCCGCGCACGGGCCGGAGCGCGCCGGUGACGUUCUCCUGCCUCCCCCCUGGCCCGGCAGGCAGGUACCUGGAGGGUGACGUGUGGGACACCGAGGGAGCCGCCGUGCUGACGUCGGGUGCGGUGGCCGUGUGGGACCUGCUGCGGGGCCGCUGCACGGCCGUGCUGCCCGGGCCCGCGGGGCACUGGGCCCUGGCCCGCUGGGCCCCGGCGCGGGCCGGGCUGCUGGCCGGCCGUGACGGCACCGUGCAGCUGUACCGGUACCGGCCCCCGCAGCCGGGAGCCGCCUGA